AUGAGAGUAUUAUUUAGAAAUCCUGGAUCACCUACAAAUCCAGAAACUUCAAUUCCAUCACCACGAAUACCAAUACAACCAGAACCUUCUGCUAUAGCACAUUCGAUAACAGGAACAUCAUCAGAAUUAAUGCAUAAUGAAUCCGAUUCAUCAUUGGAAGUGGAUUCUGCAUCGGCAUCAUCAUCAAAAAUGAGUCAUCAAAUGACACAUCAAUCGGAUUCUCUAGCAUUUAAUAAUGACGUAGUUCAACCCAUCAAAAGUGCUCAUCUGCGAACUUCACCAAAUCCAUUACCAACAAUCAAUGAAAAUCAUGACACACCUACAACAUCAUUAAAUACUACAUCAUCAGGAAAUCAUGUGGCACAAACCCAGAUACCAAUGCCAAGUAUUGCUGUGAGUAAAAAGAAUGGUCAAUUACGAUUUUGUGAACGUUGCAAUCACGUGAAACCGGAUCGAUGUCAUCAUUGUUCAGAGUGUGAUAUUUGUGUAUUGAGAAUGGAUCAGGUAAAUGGAUGUGUUGGUCACAAGAAUUAUAAGUUUUUUUACUUAUUUAUUUUUUACACGUCGUUAUACGCGGAUUUCAUGUUCGCUGCUACAAUACCAAUUUUAGUACAACGAGCAAAAGAUGAGAAAGAUUUAGAUAUUCAAUGGAUUGUUUUACUAAUAUUAGCAUUCAUAUUUGGAAUUCUAUUAUCCGGAUUCACCACUGUACACACAACAUACAUAUUUCAAAAUAUAACCACCAUCGAAAGUAUUGGUGUUACGACACGUCAAUAUCCCGUACGCAUACAAUUUGACACUGAUAAUCCUCUGGGAUAUGGGGUUCCUACCACACAGCCUGGUGAGAAUUUGUGGGAUUUAGGAUGGCGGAAUAAUUUUAAGGCGGCAAUGGGAUCGAAGUGGUGGUUGUGGUUUGUCCCGUUGGGUGGUGCGCAGGGAGAUGGUUUAUCAUUCCCAUAUAAUUCAGAAUCAUAUGCUCGAUUAUUAAACGAGGCAAGACGUCAAGCACAACUACAAGAAGAUCGAAUUGCAAUGAUGAUGCAACAUCAGCAUCAUCUUGCACAGGAAGUCCAGAGCACCAGUCCUAUGGCUCCGGGUGCAACAAGUCGGUUGCGGCGAUACCAGUGA